CAACUCUCAUCCCCGGACUGCGCUCACAGCUGAGACUCGGUUGCCAACAUGUGCAAAGGGCUCGCAGCCUUGCCCCACUCCUGUCUGGAAAGGGCCAAGGAGAUCAAGAUCAAGUUGGGAACUCUCCUCCAGAAGCCAGACUCGGCGGUCGACCUGGUCAUUCCCUAUAACGAGAAGCCGGAGAAGCCAGCCAAGACCCAGAAGCCUUCGCCGGAGGAGGCGCUGCGGUGGCGCGAAUCCCUGGACAAGCUCCUGCAGAACAACUACGGACUCGCCAGCUUCAAGAGCUUCCUGAAGUCGGAGUUCAGCGAGGAGAACCUGGAGUUCUGGAUGGCCUGCGAGGACUUCAAGCGGACCAAGUCCCCCGCCAAGAUGGCAGAGAAGGCGAAGAAGAUCUACGAGGAGUUCAUCCAGGCCGAGGCGCCUAAGGAGGUGAACAUCGACCACUUCACGAAGGACCUCACGGCGAAGAGGCUGGUGGAGCCCUCCCCCAGCACCUUCGACGUGGCCCAGAAGCGGGUCCACGCCCUGAUGGAGAAGGACUCGCUGCCCCGCUUCCUGCGCUCCGAGUUUUACCAGGAGUUAGUGCAGUAGCCGCGCGGCCCCUGUGAGUCCCUCCUGCGCCCCGCGCCCCGCAGGCUGCUGCCCCCGUCACCGCUUUGCUCCGAGACACCCCGGGAGCCCGGGUGCUCGCUCACGGGCCCACGUGCUGUGGACGGUUACUGUCCGAACGGCUUCUCCCCGCCCCAAUUCUUCACGAACCCCACCUUGUAUGAUGUCCGACCCAGCCCGAGCCCAGGAACAGGAGGUGCAGACAGGUGUGUGCCCGCCUCGGACCUUGGCUUUAUGGAGCCACCAUGCGGUCUGACCGAGCCGGGUGGAGCCCGAUUUCAAGUGCAGUCAGUUUGUCUGUGGUUUGAAUCCUGGCCCAGGGCCUCACCCCAGUGAUCAUUCCCUGGGUUAGUGAAAGGCGGUAAGAAUUCUAGGAGGCAGCCACUCCGAUUUUUCAAGCAAAUUAUUUAAAAUACUGAUCUUCCCCCCAGAGGAGGCUCCUGGAGCUGGAGGGCAUAAACGAGAGGUAGAAGCAGGGCUGUGUUGUGUCCGUACAUCAUCUGAUUC